AUGGCUGAAUCAGACAAAUCCUCCUUUGAGCAGGCGAACGAGGCCGUUUCGUACUUGAAAAGCCGCCUGCCUGAGAGUCUGCAAACCCCGCAAGUUGCCAUUGUAUGUGGUUCCGGACUGGGCGGAUUAGCAGACACCAUUCAGACAGAAUCCAGAGUGGAAUACGACUACUCGUCGAUCCCUCACUUCCCUCGACCGACAGUUGCCGGGCAUGCUGGGAAGCUGGUAUUUGGCUUCCUCGGUCAGCGGAUCCCCGCAGUGCUGAUGGUCGGCCGAGCUCACUACUACGAGGGCCAUUCCAUGGACCGGGUUACAUUUCCCAUCCGCGUGUUCAAGCAGUUGGGGGUGGGCACCGUUGUGCUGACAAAUGCAGCCGGGGGCCUGAAUUCUGAAUACGGCGUGGGGGAUAUCGUCUUGCUGAAUGAUCACAUCUUCCUGGCGGGUCUAGCAGGUGUUCACCCUCUGAGGGGACCCAACGCGGAAGAAUUUGGUGUUCGCUUCCCACCGUUGUCGGAUGCAUACGACCUCGACCUUCGACGCCGCGUAUACCAAGCUUGGAAGGAAGUCAUCCCUUCCAAGAGUACCAGGAAGUUACAUGAGGGUGUCUACGCUUUCGUUGGAGGGCCCACGUAUGAAACAAGGGCCGAAAGUCGGAUGCUUCGAAUGUUGGGUGCCGAUGUCGUCGGCAUGUCGACCGUUCCAGAGAUUGUGGUGGCUCGACACUGUGGCCUUCGUGUGUUGGCCUUCAGUCUAGUCACAAACAACGCCGUGCUGGCGCCGGUGCCUCGUGGAGAUGAACACGAGCUUCAGGAUAAAGCUGCAGGAGAGCUGAGUGCGAUCCUGGAAGAAGGCAAAGCGGGCCAUGAAGAGGUCCUUGAGGCUGGCCGUGCGUCCGCUCUAGACAUGCAGGGAUUGGUGGUGCAAACUCUUGUGAAUGCCUUUGGCCAGUAA